GGUCUUUCUGAUGCUUUCACGGACUCCUCCAAUAGAGCGGAAAAAGAGGGUGGAGCUCCCGGCAUGCAAUGGGCGUCGUUGCCCGCCUGGUGGCUAAAAUGGCGACUCCCAUGCAUCGCCUUAUCGCCCGGAGACAGGCAGAGGCAAACAAGCAACAUGUGAGAUGUCAGAAGUGUUUAGAAUUUGGACACUGGACUUACGAAUGUACAGGGAAAAGAAAAUACCUUCACCGACCUUCAAGGACAACUGAGUUAAAAAAAGCACUGAAAGAAAAAGAGAAGCAACUAUUACAACAAAGCACUGGAGGAAGUACUACAGAGAGGAAGAGCAAGAAGAAAAGGUCCAAAAGUGUCACAAGUUCCAGCAGUAGCAGCAGCAGCCUCAGUUCUGCUAGUGAGUCAUCUUCUGAGAGUGAAGAUUCUUCAUCCUCCUCUUCUGAUGACAGUGACAGCGAUGAAAGCACUUCCAGUUCCUCCUCCUCCCCUUCUUCAAGUAGUUCUUCCAGCUCUUCUGACUUUGAAACAGAUUCCAGUUCCUCCAGUAGCAGCAGCAGUACCAGCACAGACAGCAGCACAGAUGAUGAGCCACCAAAGAAAAAGAAGAAAACAUAGUUUAAUGCAGGGUCAGAACUCUGGUGUUGGCGUUGAAAAAUUAAAUGGCGCUUAAAAUAGCAUUUAUGGCCAAACGAAAGGAAUAGAUCAAUUUUUACAAUUCGGGGGGGAAAUGUAAGUGUUUUACAGAGUAGACACUAGGGUAUUAAAAUGUUGUUAAAUGGCAAGUGAUGAUUACUGAAAGAGUAUUUUUGUGAGCUAUUGUUUAAUAGGAAAGGCUACUUCAUUUAAUUUUUAAAGAAAUUUAUCAAAUGUUUAUAUGAACUAAGUCCAGUCGCCCUGAUGUUUACAUGCUAGAAAGCAACUUUAUUUCUUUGAACCAUCCUGCGUUAUGCUGUAGAGCAACCUUUAUGCCAAGCAAGAGGGAAGGGGUGAAUAUGAAGUUUUGUUUCAUUUGGCUAACGGUAUAGCAAAGCCAUAUUAAAUCUCAACUAAGAGUGAAAGAGGAAAUAAUGAUAUUGCAUCAAAUAUAGAUAAAAUAAAUUUACUUUUUUCCAAUGGCUUUUCCGGGUCAAAUAUUAGUUGCAAUGUUAAACUUCUGUCAGUGCUGAUUGGUUGGUCAAUAUAUUUGUGUUCAUACGUUCUCACUUAUCUUGUUCUGCAAACAGAAACUUCCUUCUGUUCACAGAUUGCUGUUCUGGAUGUGUUUUGAAAGUUCUAAUUGCCUUUUGAACUUGGGGAGGCUGAUUCCAGGUAUCCGUUUCUCCUUUAUAAGCAAACAGUUACUGUCAGUACUACCAAUGGCCACCUGUUCAGCAGUGGAGAUCCUUUCAUGAAACUGCAUACUCAGUGCUAUGCACCAGAAUCUCUGGACCAGGGCCAAAUGCUUUAAUCUUUUUAACAGGACCUGUGUUUAGAGCUUCUUAUAUGAAACUUUUCUGAGACAACUGUCAUCCCUAUAAAUCAUUACUUGCACAGUGCAUAGAGAGAGAGUAGCAUUAACCAUUGCGACAGAAGUGUUUCAUCUUUGUGCCUUUUUCAUAAAGUUAGAUAUGUAUUAAUAAGGAAGAUUGAAAACCUCAUUGUAUCUUUCACAUGCUAUUUUGAGUGCUAUAACAUAUACGCCCUAUUUUCAGUGAGGAAGAAAAAUACUUUCAUUGGGGCUGUGUAAAAAAGUGUUUCCCCCUUGUGCUAUGUUUGUGAAAUUAUUAAUUGUAAAAUAAACUGGAUUAUAUUGGUUGCACAACUUCCACCAUAGUUUAAGUUACAAUUGCUUGUGUAGAUCCAUUCUUUGCAUAGCACAAAUUUUAUAUAAUCGUAUGAAAAUCUGAUGGCAGACACUUAUUUGCAAAGAUCAUAUUGCAGUACAUUUCUUGCUAGUUGAGAGAAGUGAACUAACUUGCUGUUCUGAUGAAUUUUAGCCAUUGGCAGUAGUCACUUAAUUUGUGAUACAGUCUCCUUUUAGUUUCUUAUUGAUGGGAGUCUUUUUAAGAGGGAACAUGUGGGGGGAAUCUUAAAAAUCCUAGUCUAGGUAAAUAUGAAUUAACUAUUGAACUAUUUUUUAUAUUUUUAUGAAAAUGUGUGUAGACAGAAUUUUGAAUACAAAUGUUCUAUUUAAAUGUUUAUGUAAGUUGUGUGUUUUAGUCUGUAACCAUUUCUAUGUUUUGCAGAAUUCAGAUACUGUAAUUCUAAUACUACCAGAGAAUUAUUUGGGAGAGUCAUGCUAGAGAAUGUAUCAUUUAAGAGGACAGAUUAAUAAAUUAUUAAAGCAGAUUAAAAAUAUUAA